UUCAUUGGCUCUGAGCUCUGACUGAGUACAAACAGUUGCCAGAGCACAGCCUGAAAUAAGCAAAGACACGUGGAAACAGAGAGAAGUGACUGGAUUUAUUUAAGGUGGACUGAAAGCGGAAUUUUUUUUGAAAAGAAAAAGGCUGUGUCCUGUCUACAGUUGAAGCUGAGUGGAGUCGCAAAACACCAAACUGAGAGAAGAAUACCAACUGACCUGAGUGCAGCCGGACAGGUUGAGGUGGAUGAGAUUUUGGCAACCCUUUCCUGUGUUCAGCUCUUCUUACUGAAAAGACAAUCCCUGCAGGACACAGGAUGCGUAUGACCUCCUCUCUCCUCUUAGCCUCUCUACUCCUCCUCCUGCUCCCGUCCACUGAAAUGAAAAGACCCGGGAAGAUUUUUGGGAAGGGCAAAGGCCUCAGGGGGGCGAGACGCAAACUCGCACACGACAGAGUAAGAGGUGCUGCGCGUCACAGCAGAUCAGGCCCCUCCAGGCUUGUGGGAUCUUACUGCUCAGAGUUGACAGAAUCUGGAGACUUCUUUGUUGACUGUCAAGACCGACACCUCACCUCUAUUCCCACCUCACAAACCUGGUCAAAACAACCAAAGCACCUCCUUCUAGCACGCAACCAGAUCAAAGUCCUUCGUGAUGGGGCCUUCUUUGGAUUUGAGAGUUUAACGAGUCUGGACCUGCAGCAGAAUCAGAUCUCUUUGGUGGAGGAAGGGGCCUUCCAGGGCCUGACACGCCUUACAACCCUGCUGCUGCAACACAACCGCCUGGGAACACUUAGCGAGGAGGCCCUCAUCCCCAUGCCAAACCUUCGCUACCUUCGUCUUUAUGAUAAUCCCUGGAGGUGUCUCUGCCAGAUGGACAGUCUCAUACGCACCCUACAGGUCCCAAGCAACCGUAAUCUAGGAAAUCAUGCCAGGUGUGCAGAGCCCAUCAGGCUGAAAAACAUGAAGUUGAAGCAGAUUGACCCCAAAUUACUUUGUAAGGAGAGAGACCCAACCAGCAACCAAACAGAUCCCACAGACCUUGUAAUGCCCAUUCCAAUUCGCAUAAAACCAGAUGCCACCACUUUAUGCCAUACCUACCUUUUCCCCCAAAUACGAAUGGACUGCAGUAAAAGAGGUUUAACCGAGGUGCCAACAGGUAUUUCAGAGGAUGUUGUUCACAUUGAUCUGUCCCAUAAUUCAAUCCGUCUUCUCAAAGCCAGAAAUUUUCAAACAGCGAGGAGCCUCAGAACCCUUAACAUCAGUCAUAACAGUAUGGAGCACAUUGACACAGCUUCCCUGUUUGGGCUGCUGCACCUUCGUGAGCUGGACCUGUCCGACAACAGCCUGCAUUUUGUCCAGUACGGCGUUCUUGAAGACCUUUACUUCCUGUCACAGCUAAAACUGGGAGGAAACCCCUGGGUGUGUGACUAUAGCAUCCACUACAUGGUGUACUGGCUGCAUCUGCACCCAGGGGUGAGGCACUCUGGCCUGCUGUGUCACUCCCCUCCUGAACAUACUGGGAAGAGUGUAGCGAAGUAUGUGCAUUCCUACAACGGAGAGUGUCCAAAGGACAGACAUCAAAACAGAACAGAUCCAGACCAAACAAACCCUGAACUAUGGAAUACACCAAUGGAAGUGCAAGGAGAGCUGGAGGAGGAGGAGCUGGAGCCGAGCCACUUGAGAGGACCGCAGAAAUAUCAGAUCAUCAGGCUGUCCUGACUCAAAUGAAAAUUUUACCUAAAGAUUUGACUUAAUUUUUGUUCAAUAUCAUAAAACCGUCUGUAUCAGAUAGAGAAAAAUACAUUUUUCACUGUUUUUUUUGGAUUGUUGUCUUUAUAAUCCAAAUGUAAGAGUUAUCAACUUA